AUUCUAGUUGAACGUUGAUAAUCUUCCGAUUACUUCACUUUUAUACAACUUCAAGCUUCCGAUUCUAUUGGUCUAUUGGAAUUUGGCACAAUUAUAAACUCCCCCUGACAGAAAUUACGUCGUGAUAACAGAUUCGUUCAGAAGUGAUUAACCUCUUGUGAACGAAGUCGUACUAAUCGGACAUCCUUUCAAGAAAAUGUAAAGGUCGUGCUGAAUUUCGUAGAUGACUCGUUUAAACAAUUCUAUCUGCUGCGUUCUUUUAAAAAAAAAUUCGGCUCUAUGCAACCAACAUGUAAAAUCAGAUCUCGUCAUCGAACGAGAAACUUGGAGCAAGAACAGAACAGAAUUCAAAAGUUAUUAGCCUCCGAGUACUCUGAUUUCUCCGACGUCAUCCUCGUGGAAUCUCCGUUUGCUGAAACCACCAGGAACGGUCAUGGAAUUCGACAAGUUUCACUUGGUCUCACGCCAUCCAAGUUAAUCGUGGCUGCUGACGUAUUCAAAGGAAACUCGCGUUUUUUCUGUCCGCGCACCCUCGAUCCUACCAUCGAGAGCUUCGAACUGGUUUCUCUAUAUCCUCUGCGAUGCGUUAGUCUGAGCGUGUUCAACAGGAGACAUCGCAAAACCUUGAAGGCAAGAUUCAUCGAUGGAAGAGUAAGCUAUUACGAACUCGGCGGUAUACAAGGAAGAAACAUUUUCUGGAAGAAAUGGUGCGAGCAAGUCGAAAGUUUGCUAGCGAACAAGACAAACGGAAGCUCGUUAUCGGAAACGACCGCUGCAAGUUCAGCGAGCAGCUCGACUUUAUACAUCCUUUCUUCGGAGAUCGAGCUUCGGAAAGAUUUCAGAAAAGAUGGAAGAAGAGCAGUGUGCAGAAUAUGGACUCACUAUGGAGGCGCCGGUGAUUAUACACCUUCAACAUGGCGUCACAAGGACUUAUACCUCGGACCAUCCUACAGCGAGCUGGUAGACGGUCAAUACACUCCUGUUCCUAUAAGAUUCGCCGGCGCCAGUUUGGAAGACAUUAAGGCCGAGUUAAAAGAUUUUUCUCCGAGCAAGAUCGAGAAAGGGUCUCGUAGCUGGCCUACGUGUCGUUGCUUCGCAGAGAGACGCAAGAACGAUGGUCUUUGCGACGUACUCUUUGUCAGAGAUCACAAUCGCAAAUAUUACAAUAAGACCAAAUUCUACGCGACUUGUCAGACUUGUACUCGUAAUUUGCAAGCCAAGAUCUUCGAAGACAAAGUCAGGGAGAAACGGAACGUUUGGUACAACGAAGCGUUCACGAAAGAAGAAGAAUCGAGGAGUCCGAAGAAAUGUCUCGCGCGAAGAAUAUCUCGAUUUGGUUUUGGAGUUCCAGAGAAGUGUCAUUCAGGGUUGGUUCUUGGUCCGAUCCAAACGGAUCCCGAUUGCUUCCCUUUGCAAUUGACCGUGAAGAAUAUUUACGUCCUCAUGGAAAAUGCCGUGAAGGUGUGGGAGGGCAAAGAAAGAGGUGAAAGAGGCGAGUCCUUGAAACAUUCCAAACAUUUUAGGAGAUACGGUCUCUGUACUGCACCCCAUUUUCUUUACGCCCUUGGUCCCUGGUCGGUACAACCUGGGGAACGAACUACUCUUCAAGGUCGACGAUCUUUCAGUCUGGUCACUAUUCGUCGACAACCUGUCGAGUCGGAACUGAAACUUCCUGUAUCUCGUCGACAAUUGGCAGCUAGUAUUUCGUAUACCGAACUUCAAUCUGGUAGGUUUGGGUCGAUCGGGACUACUGCGAAGGGACGAGUUGUGCUAUUUUGGACACCAGAAUACUGGUACCGACCCAGACCUGCUUCCACCGCUUACAGGGAGCUGAGACUGCACUUGAACCAUCUGAGAAAUUUUCGCCAGGAGAAAGAACGACCGACCAGGAGGAAGUUGUUUAGGAGAAAAAAAAAGUGUCAGUGCGAAGAUGAUUCUACCAUUGCUCCUGAGGAAAAACCCAGUUUCCUAGAACGAAUCUUCUCUGGAAAUGGAUCCAAGAGAAGACAGAAAUUCGAAAACCAGGAAAAUAAUACUACUGUUCAAUUAAGGAGAUUAUUGAGAAUGGACUUCAGAAUAACAAUUUGGGAUAUAAACAGCGACAUUUUGGCGACGCAGCUGACGCUCAUAGAUCGCGACCUCUUCGUCCGAAUUCCCGCCGAGGAGAUCGAGAUCUUGGUCUUUCAAAGGAGUUCCAGGAACGCGCCUAAUUUAGCAGCGUGGAUAGCAUUCAGUCAUCGUGUUUCUUGUCUAAUUGGCAGUGAAAUUUUGGGCGUGAGAAAAUUACCCAUGAGAAGUAGAAUUGUCGCGAGACUCGUGAACGCUGCCAAAAAGUGCCUCGCUAUGGGGAAUUUUCACUCGUGCAGAUCGAUUUUGGCGGGAUUGCAGUCGCCUCCGAUUUUCCGACUGCGAACUACAUGGGAUUACUUACGUAUUCAUCAUGCGAAUAGAUACGAAGUUAUGGAAAGACUUUGCAAGAUUUACAAGAACCCGUGUGCUUUAUCAUACCGACGAUCUUGGGCUAAAGUUGAAAAGAAUCGACCUUGCAUGCCGCACGUGGCUGACCUUUUGUUGAGACUUCUGCAAUUAAAUAAUGCGAAAUGCCAUCAACAAGGCAAUAGUAUUAUCCAUACGAAUGAUAGAAUAAACCCUUCAAAGGAUUUAGCUGCAACGUCUAAUAGAAAUAAGGAUGUAUCGCUGGAAAGUAAUCCGGAUCUGAAACAAAAGCAAGGCUGUAGCAAGAAUUUCCUCAAUUCCGUUUUAAACAGGAUGAAAUAUAAAAGGGAUCAAAAUACGAUUUACGAGGAGAAGACAGAUUUAACGUGGACGACGAGGCAACAGGAUUUAGCGUGGAAAUAUUUCUAUCGUUGGUACAACGCUGUUUUAAAGAGUAAAAUUCGUAUCAAAGAGCAGAAGAGAUUAAGCGAUAUGGAUCCAAGGAUGAAACGCGUGAUCGAAGUUGCGACAUGGUUGUCGGAUUGUCAGAAACGAGCUCAAGGAUACGAAUAUCCGGUGCAUUCGUUCACGAAGGAAUUUUUAUUGAAGAAUCGAUAUAGGGAGGAUCGGGAAAACUUCUUUAUUAGUUUAAAAUUGGAACCGGCAAUGAUAACUUGAACAAAAAACAUUAAA